CAAGGUCAACCCGAUCCCAAUCCCCAAACCCGCAAGCAAUCACGAACGCCGCGAGCGGAGCAGGAGCUGCGCCACCGAGGGCGAGCGCGGCGGCAUGGCGGCGCCACCGUCGCACCCUUUCGUCUACAUCGACGCCGAGGCGCUCCACGCCGUCCUCCCCUUCCCGUCCCUCAUCUCCCACCUCCGCGACGGCCUCCCCGCCUUCUCCGGGGACAUCCACUGCCCGCACCGCGUCUCCUUCCCGCUCCCCACCUCGCCCUCCGCCGCGCUCCUCCUCAUGCCGUCCUGGUGCGCGCAUCCCUCGCUCCCCUACCUCGCCCUCAAGGCCGUCACCUCCUUCCCGGCCAACUCCCCGCGCCUCCCCUCCGUCCACGCCGCCGUCUCCCUCUUCAGCUCCGCCACCGGCGUCCCCCUCGCCUCCCUCGAGGGCUCCGCGCUCACCCUCCUCCGCACCGCCGCGGUCUCCGCGCUCGCCGCCUCCCUCCUCGUCUGCCCCUCCAGGCCCCCCUCCACCCUCGCGCUCGCGGGGGCCGGCGCCCUCGCGCCCUACCUCGCCGAGGCGCACCUAUCCGCCCUCCCCUCGCUCUCCCGCAUCUUGGUCUGGAACCGCACCAAGCCCAAAUCCGCCGCGCUCGUCGCCAAGCUCCGGAGCGCGCACCCGGGGGUCGCCGUCGAGGAGGUGGACGGCAUGGACGAGGCGGUGUCCGCGGCGGACAUCGUGAGCUGCGCCACGGGGUCGCAGGAGCCGAUCGUGCGCGGGGAGCUGCUCAGGCCCGGGGCGCACCUGGACCUGGUGGGUUCUUUCACGCCGGCGAUGCGGGAGUGCGACGACGAGGCCCUCCGUCGGGGCAGGGUGUUCAUCGACUUCGAGGCCGCGAUGGAGGAGGCCGGGGAGCUGGUGGGCGCGGUGCAGCGCGGCGUGCUGCGGAGGGAGGACGUGGCCGGGACGCUCGCGGAGCUGGCCGCCGGGACUGUGGCCGGGCGGCGCAGCGAUGAUGAGAUCACCGUGUUUAAAUCCGUUGGCACCGCAGUGGUCGAUCUCUUGGCGGCGCAGCUCGCCUACGAGAACUACAUUGCAACCAAGAACGCAUGAUCUUGAUAGAUUCAUGGAUUGCAAGAAGGCUUUUCAUGUUGCAUAUCAUACAGUAUGUUCCUUCCAAAUAAAUAAACUGAUCAGAUGAGUGCUCCUGAUCAUUCUCCGUGGCAUAGCCACUCGUUGGAUGGAUUGUAAUAAGAAUGUGUUGUUGUCUCA